UGCGUUUUUAUGUACAUAUUUCAGCAGCACUAUCACCAGUAUAUUUUUGUGUGUAUGUCUAUGUGUGCGUGUGUAUUAAAAUAAUACUGAAAAUGUCUUUUUCCUUGUCCUCCAGGUUUCCUGAAAACGUCGUGGCCAGUCCAUCUCCUACAGCCUAUACUGUUUCAAAAACGUUUAAUGAAAAUGCUGUUAGACACGGCACUUCUUGGACGAGACACCCAUUGGUUGAUUCUCAAAAAUGCGAUGACAAUUGCGGUUGUGGUCCCAUUUGUAGCAGGUACAGCGGUAAAUGUCAUAAGAGAUGCAAUAAUCAGAGCAACCCAGUUGGUUCGAGACGGUUAUCCUUGAAUCCAAGUUUUAUUUGCUCUGAAACAUCUAAUAAGGAAAAGGAUUCUCGUCGUUCCCUUAGACCCAGGCUAAGCCUCUCAUACAGUGAAAACAAAGAAAACAUUCAAAGUAGCCAAAGAAAGUUCUCAAGUGGCCAAUCAUCGAUUCCUCGGUUUAAGAAGAAUGCUACGGAAACACACGCAUUUUCCUUUAUGAGGAGACAAAAGACCGUACACAAUUGCUACGCAAAACAAGAGACCAACUCGGAACAUUCAACUCGUCUGAAACCGAGUGUGAAGCAAGAUAGAAACAACUUAACAAGCGAAAGCAUCGAACAAGAUUCAUUAAAGAAUGAAUCGCUGAACCCUUUGAAUGUCAGCUACACGAUUCUACCGAAGAUCGACGAAGAGGUAAGGAACAAAAAUCCUAGUGAGCAACCGAAACCGAAGGACCUAAACAUCACUGACGAUGAGAAAACCACUGAGCUAAAACCCUCUAAAGAUCCUCUGGAUUCAAUUUACUCUACUCCACAAUCAAAAUUGAAGAAUCUGUCCGAGUUAUUAGAGACGAAAACCAAAGACCUCACCAAUAGUGCCAGAAGUAAGAAGUACUACGAUAUCACUUGCAAAUCGGACGAUCUGGAUAAUGGGGUAAAAAGUCGGGACCUGUUCGGGAUCAACGAUUACAAUUUAAUUUUGAUCGGUGAAGAGUACAUCGACGAUGACUACGAUUCUUAUAUUGAGAAUUUGAAUAGUGCUGUGGGACGUUCGCAGGUGUUGCAAAACCAAGAAUUGUAUGAGAUGACGAAAUAUUUGGUGCGUCUUUACCUGAACCGAAACGAGAAAAUGGCUGCAUCGACUGCCCGCGCUACCAGUAGCCCACUACAAUCAAAUCUCAAACCGAAUUUCAAAAGGAAACUUGGAAAAACUUCGGGAAAACAAAGAAAAAACCAGAAAACUCAAAAUAUUUGGGAGCAAGUAAAAACAAUCGUCCAGAAUGCUAUCGGGGAAUUAAAAGUGGAAUUUCAAAACGACAUUUACGCAUGCACUAACGAGAAACUGGACCGUUUGAUAUCCGGAAUCAAAACCGAAAUUUCCAGUGCCAACGCGGGCAUCGACGACAUUUGCACGAAAAAAACCAGCGAGUUGCUUAGCAAGUUGGAAAACGUCGCUUUAAAGUACUAAUUAUGUAUUUAAAUUAAUGUUUGUUUUAUAAUUGACCUAAUAAUAAUAAAUAAAAUAAAAUUUUCUUCCA